AUGGCUGACCCAGAAGAGCGGGCCCCGCUGUUACACACAACAAAUCAGUCGGCAGAGUCGCCCCCUCCGUAUCCAGUGCUCAGUCAGUCAGCACCAGCAUCCCAAUCUGUUGUCACAGUACCUCCAAUUGGUCCUGAUGAGUUACCUCCUCCUUAUACACCAACCCCUCAAGGGGGAAUACCCAUGAUCAACUGUAAAGUGUGCCAGGCUUUGAUCAAUAUAGAGGGGAAAACCCAUCAACAUGUGGUGAAAUGUCACAUUUGUCAGGAAGCUACACCUAUCAAGGCCCCUCCCCCUGGUAAAAAGUAUGUGCGGUGUCCGUGUAACUGUUUACUGAUCUGUAAGGGGACUUCUUCUCGGAUUGCCUGCCCCAGGCCUAACUGCAAGAGAAUAAUAAACCUUGGGGGCCCCACUCCGACAGUGACAGUGCGAACCCCUGGGACGAGCAGAGUAGUCUGUGCUCACUGUCAAGAGGCAUUCCUGUUUAAUGUGAUGAAUAAUGCUCUGGCACGCUGCCCCCAUUGUAGACGAGUCUCCUCUGUUGGCGCACGAUAUGCUCAUAACAGAGCGCUGUUGUUUGGAUGUUUGGGGUUUUUAUUUAUUGCUGCUGGAGUUGGCAUAACAGCUGGCACAUAUAAGAUGGCCAGGCAAGCUGGAGGCAUUUACACUGUGUGGAUAGGGGCCUUUGUGGUGGGCGUGAUUCUCUUGAUUAGAGCUAUGUACUACUGCUUAAUGAGGGUCAGCCUGGUGCAGGGACCUGCCUAGAAUCUCCAUGGUAAUGCCCAGUGAACUUUGCAGAUGACCCCCCAACCCCCUCAGUUGUGGGUACUUGUUUUAGCCAUUUUUUAUCAUUUAGCUAUUCAGGCCAUCCGUAUAAUAGACUUUGUUGACCAUAACCUGACCCUACCAGCAGAAUGGGGUAGAUCGGCUUUGUGAGAACAUGAAAACAUUUCUUAUUUGAGACAAAAUUUAAAAAAAAAAAAAAAAUGGGAAAAAGAAAUUUCUAUCAAAAUCUAAGUAAUACAACUUUUAGAGUAAGGCCCUUAUUUGGAGUCAGCCAGAUUGCACCCAUUGAACAUACUUCUAAUUAAGGCUUAAUCUGUGUAGGUUAAUUUUGUGUAGAUAUUCAGUCAAUAAUAAGUCAGCUUUGCCUUAUGGGAUACCUGUAAGUCAGAUUUUUUCCCAGGUGAUAUUGGAAGGUGAUACUGAACUAUGUUUUUUUUUUUCAAGUUGUUAAUUAUUAGUAUAUGUUUUUUGUUCUUGUAGUAUAACUCAAGAAUUCUAUUGUACACAUGCUCACCUAGCUUACAGUCUGUUAUACAGGUUAUGUGUCUGCUUGGGCUGCCAUUAUUAAUUGUGGCUAUGCAUCCUCAUUGUAAAUUUGCUGACAUGGCUGUCUUGUCAUGAUUGUAAGCUACACUUGCAUAACCAAAAAACAAUAUUUCCAUCGUCGGUAUGACUUGUUGUAAAACUAAGAAACCUAGUUUUGAUUUUACAAAUGUAAUGUUUGUAUGUUAAUUUAAUAACAAGAUUUCUGUGUUAAAUGAGCAAAUAUAAUGUUAGGAGAUAGUGAUCAUAUUUUGCUUUGUUAGUGUAGAUAGUAGAGAGAAAAAUCUCUGGAGGAGUUUCUCCUGAAUGUUUGUAUGUAUAUACUGGUAUUGAAUUCAUUUGUGGGACCAGUGAUCGGAUAGGUAUGUAUCUGAGUGCAAUCAAAAAUCCUACAUUGAUUCCAUUAAAAUCAAUAAACACUAAAGUUUAAAAUUGAGUGCCUGGAGAAUAUGUGAUUGGGAGAAUUCCAAAUGAUAAUGUUUUAAUCUCUGAUCUAUGAUAUUACAGACAAAUAUAUCAUUCUGUGUACUUUUGGAACUGUAUGCUGAGCAGUUUUUAAUGAAUUUAGCUACAGGGAAGCGUGAUUACAAGGGUAUUGAUGAAAAUCAUGAGAGCUAAUCUUUGUAUUAUUUGAUAAAUGUUACUAUUGCAAGGGUUCAUGUUUUGUCUGGUUUUACAAAGUUGAUUAUUCUGAACAUAUCUACACAUCAUGCAUCAAUGUUUAAAUAUAUGAAUGUAUCUACUGUAAGAUUUUUGUUCAGAUAGUUUUUGGUUUCCAAAGUCAUCUAAAUGUAAAUAUGCUAAUUUGUGAAACUUGUAAAUGUUUGAAUUCUGUGAAAACACUCUUACUUGUUUAAAGCUGUAAGCGGGUAUUUGUAUUGGUAAGUAGAAAUCUCUGGAGAGCAACAGGAAUUGACAGCUAGAAGUAAUGGGUCGCCGGAAGGUCUGUCACUUAACUCAGUAUGUGCAUGGAAGACAGCUUUUGAUUAUUUAUUUGUUCAACAAUCUACCAGUACAAUUGUAACAUAAAAGCGCAGCGUAAUGACCCAGGAGCCUCUCACCAAUGCGGUCGGUGUGAGUUCAAGUCCAGCUCAUGCUGACUUCCUCUCCGGUCGUAAAUGGGAAGGCCUUACAGCAACCUGCGGAUGGUUGUGGGUUUCCCCCGGGCUCUCCACCGACCAUAAUGCUGGCCGCCGUCGUAUAAGUCAAAUAUUGUUGAGUACAGCGUAAAACACCAAUGAAAUAAAUAAAUAAAAUAAUGAGGAAAGAUGACUGUACUUCCAGCUAUCCAUUUCCCCUUGUGUGAGAUUUCAUUAAUCAAGUCGAAUACUGAUGAUAACCCAAAAGAUGUCUGAAAUGUGUAGAUUUUUGUGAUAUUUCAAUUACGCGUUGUUUCUGCUAUGACUUAAACACGUUGCAGUGUAGUUUGCAUGUUUCUGUUGAAGUGUAUUGUAAUAAUUGUGUUAUAUCAUCUAAAUAGAUUUCUACGUCUAGUUUGUGAGUGCUUGGAAUGAUUACUGUUUACACUUUUGAACACUCCACAGAUCUUGUAACAAAUGUUCUGUGGAAAUACCAGAUUAGCUACAUGUGUGUGUAGGUUGCAAAACUACAGAUGUUUUAUAAAGGCCAGUGUUUAAAAUCAAGCUAUUAAGUUCCACACAAUCACUAUUUAUAGGAAAGACUUCAGUUGGUCUGUAAAUAUCACACUUUCAGCAAAUCUGUAAUAAGAAGUAUUUCAUUGUAUAUACAUGUUUUUGAACAGGUGAAAAUCAUGUAAAAGUGUAAAAUGCUACAUGUAAUUUGCUUUGUUGUUCAUUUCCUGUUUUACGAAGUGCCAUGGUGUGGUUUUUUCUCCCCCCCCCCCCCACAUGUUAAUUUGUUUUACUUGUUAUUUUUCAUUUGCAUGGGCACCAAAAAUAAUACAUAGCCUACAUUUUCCCUUAUUUUCUGUACUCGUUUUUCCGUCGUGUAUGUGAUUAAUAUCAUAUAUUUUCUUUUAUUAUACACAGUAUUACUAUUGCUCCUUGUGCCUCUCAACUGAAGAAUAACACAUUAAAUAGACAGUGGAUUUUAUCUGUUUCUCACUAAGUCAAUAAACGAAAAUUAAAUGUCGUACUAACUUGCUUAAAAGACACUUAUUUUAUGUUUGGGAUACAUUUUAUGGCAUGCCAGGGUGCCAUUUUCACUGUAGGCUGCAAGCUCAUUUCCAGUGAGAUGAUGAGAUCAAAUCCAGCUCUGGUUGGCAGUCACUAGCUGUUUCUGGGACUUUUUGGACAAUAAGCUGUCAACAAUGUUUAUAUGGUUAUUUGCUCAGGUUGACUUUUGUAAAGAUUACUUACUUCCCACUGGUCAAUACAGUGUUUAAAGUGUAACUCACUAGUGACAUGUUCGUCAGUGAAUUGUCAAAGGUUGGUGGUUUACCACAGGCACUCUGAUUUCCUCCUCCUCUCAUAAAAUUGACCACCAUUGCACCAGCUGUUCGUCUAUACUCAUUUACCUCCCUUGUAUGAGCUGGUGCAAUAUCCAUAACAAUAUAUAACGUGUGUGCAUAUAUGUAUGCCUGCUUUUGACAUAAUCAUGGGAUUUUUGACAGAUUUAUUUAUACAGUUAAUAUCAGUUUUUUUAUUUCAUAGCAGUAUUUUGUCUCAGAGGUUUUGUUAUUGCGGAUAAUAUCUAUAGAGCAAACACUAAAACUCUGAUCAGUACAUGAAGUUGACGUGAGUAGGCUAGUGUAUAUGCUGUAUACCUAUACAUGAAUCCUUCACCUUUACUUGUGCUUUCAUAAUGAACACUUCUGACUUUUUUGAGACAUUCAGCAAAUCUGCACGCGUUUGUGGUGAAUUACAUUAACUGGUAUAUUUACUGAUGAAAGUAGUAUACCACUGCACAUUUUCAACUGGCAAGCUAAUUCUACAACCCUUUCAGACACUUUCUAUACAUAAGAACUAUAUAUUAAAUUUGUACACUAAUAUGCAUGUACUGUCUAGACUCCCUGACUUGAUGUAAUUUAAAAUUCAUGACCAAUUUAUCAUAAUAAUGGCGUGAAGUGCACCCAGAGUUACAGUGUACAUUAUUCUUUGUGAAAAGAUAGAGGUAUGAGGUAAGUAAUUGUGGUGUCUGUUUGAAAACUGUAUGUAACAUUACGUGAAAGUGUACCUCAGCAACGUGGGGCCACUGUCACAAACCUCGUAAGUCACAUUUCGUGUGACUUCUUGUGAUUGUCUAGGUUAUAUUGCCAUAAGGAGACGUCAUUUACAAGGAAAGCUUAAAGAACGCUGAUAUACGAAGUGAUGUGAAAGUGGCCCCAGUAGAGUCAGUAUAUCGCGUUGCCAUGGAAGGUAACCUUUGCAUAGUGUUCGUUCAUAUGGAUUUUAAAUUGGGACCAUUACAAAUGGCCUGAUCACAAUUACACAUGUAAAUGUAUGACCUAUGUUACAGUUGUCAAGGUCAUUCCAUGUGUGGUACAUAAUUAUAACCAAUAAUCUUGUGACUUCUUGUCUUGAAUUAAGCUGAUGUACCCAAAGAAAUAAUAUAAUAAAUAAUUGUGUAAUCUGAGCUGCAUGUAGUCAUCUGAUCGUUCGAAAUAUAAAUAUAGUAAACUGUUAUAGUUUGUAGCUGGAUACAGCUAUGAUCAGGGGCCUAGACUUCCACGAAGCCAUUUUAGGCUCAGGUUCAAAACUUUAUCUUAACAAAACAAAAAAUGUUUGAAGCUAGAUGCAUCAAAUAGGCUGAAAUUGUACUAACUAUUUGAUGUAUAUAUUAAGAGUUAAAUUUGGAUUUUAGGUUUUGGCUUAAGCUGGAAAUCACUUUGUGGACCCCAGUAAUCACGUGAUGUUCACUACUGAUAAAGAAUUUUACAGUAUAGUUAUUGGCUUAGUAAGUAGGUUUGCAACUGCAUGAUUCAACUAUUAAAGAGCAGUCCACAUUCAUAUAAUCUGCUGAUAAUGUUACUGGUAUGUUUUGUAACUGGAUACAAAUCUGAGCGCAAUCAUGAUGCCAUGUCUUGAUAAACAUUACUAUAUUAACCUGCGCAGUUUGUAACGGCAUGUAAAUUAAGUCAGUUUUCCUGUGAGUGCUAUUUUAAUUGCAGAUAUCUUUAUGUGAACUUGUCUUUAUUUAUAUGUAAUGGGUUAUGUCUGCUAUAACUAAGAUCUGAUAUGAGAAAGUUCCAGCACAUAUAUUGUAUAUAUAUAUAUAUUUACAAAUCAUACUAAUUUGGUAUAGCGUGGGGAAAGUGCAUUACUCUGGAAAUGUGUUGGCUUAUUAUCAAUUUUCUUUCAAUUCUUUUAACUUUACACUGAUACUUGUACACACAAAAAAAAAUAUUCUUCAAACCACAAAAGAGGGAUGUUUGUAUUGUUGCUUCAUUGGCACUGAUGUGUUUACAUUGUACCUGUUGUUAUGGUUGAACAUAGGGCUACAGUGUAUUAUUAUUUCCCCAUUUAUUACUUUGCAUUGAUGCCUGUAAAUAAAUGUUGUUCAA